AUGGCCACUAGUAUGCAGCAACAACAGCAAAUGAUGGUCACUAUGAUGGGGGCCAUGGCCCAAAACUUGGGCAUGCCGCAACCUGAAGCGCCCGGCUUAACCACGCCCGUGACCAACCCGAAUAACCUAUAUGAGCGGUUCCAGAGGCAUAGGCCACCUACUUUUGCCUGCACUCAUUGCCCAGAGGAAGCGGAAUACUGGCUCAACCGAGUCACCAAGUUACUGCGGCCUCUCCACUAUUCUGAGGCGAAAAAUGUAGAGCUCGUCUCAUAUCUCUUUGAGAAGGAGGCGGACCUAUGGUGGGAGAGUGUCCUCCGAUCCAUUCCCGAGAACCACAUAUGGACGUGGGAGGCAUUCGAGGCCCGCUUUAAUGAGAAGUAUAUCCCUCAAUCGUAUCAGCAUGAGAGGGAGAAUGAAUUUCUCCGCCUCCAACAAGGGGGGAUGAGCGUGGCCCAAUAUGAGAACUGCUUUACGGAACUCUCCCGCUAUGCUUCCGAAAUGAUUGCCAACGAAGCGAUCAAGAUGAGAUGGUUCACGGCAGGGCUAAGGAGCGGUAUUCGCUCCAAGAUGUGUUGUGCCAACAUCAGGACAUACGCCGAGCUUGUCGAGAUGUCCAUAAGGGCGGAGCAGGAUGAGGAGCGAGUCGCCCGAAACCGUUCACAGUUAGGGCCAUGGAACAGGGUGGAGGGACCGUCCUCCUCUUUUGCAGGAAAAAGGGCGCGCCCUAGCUCACCACCCCGACUAGCCGCCGCACCGGCCCCUUCUGCACGACCGGCCCAGAUAUGUACUUAUUGCAGGAGGGCGGGACACUCCGAGCCCUACUGUUUUACGAGGAUGAGAGACCUCGGCUUCACACCGCCACAACGCAACAUUAUGCCCCCACAGCAGGCCUUGCAGAUCCCGCCCCUACGGGCAAUGGGGCCUAGCCAGCAGUCUCGUCGUCCACCACCACUACAGGUUAGGCCGCCACAAUGA